CCCGCGUCGUUGGCUGUUCCUGCGCCUCUGUCACCGCCGAGGACGUCCUUUGAACCUUAUCCUCCCUUCCCUGUCUCCCGUCAUCGCCGGACUGGUUUCGAGAGGUCUGCCGGCUCUCAAAUAGCCCGACCCUGCAGAGACCUCAUCCCCCAGUCCUCUCUCGACGAUCCCUGAAAUCAGCCCUCGAUGGGUGACUCUGCCGGUGUCGGUGUAUUGGACGGGUGCUGCGCCAUAUUCUGCAUCCAGUGCACAGAGGCUCUGCAGACCUUCUGCUUCUUCAACCGGUCGGGCUCGGGGUCGAACAGUAACACGCAAGCGGGGUGCUGCGGCGCCUGCUGCAACAAGGCCUUCGACGAGGACGACUUCCAGGCGCAGAACGGCGACCCCGUGAAGGACCAGCCGGCGCCGCAGGCUGCCAUGUCGGACAAGCCGGACGCGGCGCCUGUUACCGCGGCCUCCUAGCAUACGAUAUACCCAUGCCAUCGCCUCGUCGAAUUCGCUUUGGUUCGCUUUCACUGACUUGUGUCCGUCCGUCAAGCUUGAGUACGCACACCCCAUACAGUUUCGUGGACAAUAUGUAUCAUAUCGGCAGAUCGGGCUUUGCGUCGCUUUGAAUCUUUAUCCAUUUGACCCGGUCCAACGACACACGCGAACUCGUCCCGCCGUGCCCUCAAGAAUGGAGAUUGUGUAUCGGCAUACUAUACCUUAUUCUUGUAUCGAGGACCCCCUUCAUCCAGCUGUUCUGAUCUCCUGCCUCCGAAGUUUCCUAGAGCACAUUACCUUGUCCGCUGCGAGACCCGGUGAAUGUCCCGAGCUCCACACACGCUGAAGCGUUCUA